CUGAGCUCGCGUCGAGCUCAGCAAGCUUGGAUCAAAGCUAUAAAGUGGAUUUCUCCACUUGUGGAACUCACUUCUUGACUCCGGAUUUGAGGGCAACUUUCAUCUUUAGAAUCUUAUCAACUCUCUACUCAAGUCUCUCCGCGUCCACUGUAGCAAGACACUUGAGCAGACAGGGCCACUUAUAGUACUUAAGUGUGCACCCGUUUACAUACCCGAGGCUAGAGGCUAGGCCAGCAACCGAAUGACUGGGAUACCGUCACAGUGCCGUAGUUCCCGCACUCGUCACACAAAACGCCGAACUUGGAACACCCACCUGAGGCUGGAGGAAUCGCAUGAUUCCAUGAGGCAUGAGCCCGCUGCCUCUACGGUCUACCGUCUACGCCACUAGGUACUUUGUUCGCUGCCAGCAUGGUGCCUCUGCCAAUUUAACACUAAAGCUACAGUAUUACUUUUAGUAUAUCCUACAUGAUCCGUUGUGGACAAUAGCAGCACAUCAGCGCAAGGCUUCCAGGAUCCGCCCGCAGCGAGCGAUUUGAGCACCAACUACUGUAGGAGCCUUAGACUUGGCCAUCACUGAGCUUUUCAGGGAGCAAUGGCGGCGACUUUUGCAUCGCGCAUGCGGGCUUUCAUUGACAGUCCAACAGGGCCGCGUACGACUCACUUCUGGGGUCCUGUUGCCAAUUGGGGCUUUGUUUUGGCGGGCAUGGCAGACACGAAGAAGUCGCCCGAGCUGCUGUCUGGAAAUAUGACCUCAGCUAUGUGCGUAUAUAGUGCGUUGUUCAUGCGCUUCGCCUGGGUGGUACAACCAAGAAACUACCUGCUCUUGGCUUGCCAUGCUUCUAAUGAGUCUGUCCAGCUCUACAAUCUACAGCGAUUCCUGCGAUUCCAUUACGGAGACAGUCCGACCGUUGCGAAGCUUCAAGAUCCCAAGUGAUGGGCUAAAGAAGGUCGGUGCUUUUCAGCUUCCCAUAAGUUUGUAACAUAAAAUGGUCGUUAUACAAGAUUUGAAUGUGUUGAUGCACCAGACACCUGAUCAGGUUUUUCAAUCCUCAUUCAAUCAUGAUGUUUGGCCCUUCAAUCGAUCUCUACUGGUCAAAGGCAGUCAGACUCCGAGUAAACGUAUCCUUGAACAUCACAAAUCUGCAGGCCUAGUGAAUUGUGAUCGACUUGGUAAAUACAGGCUCAACACACACCAGUGCCGGGUGGUCCCUAUUGCCGCCAGUGUGGCCCGGUACUAUGAUCCAUUUUCAGAUACGUCCGUAUGCUUGAACUAUUGACGUUGAUGUGUUGCCUUGUCAUCUGAUUGCUGGUGUGCUCAAAAGCGUCGCAAAGCGCAGGCAGCUACUAGGCUAGGCUCGUGGCCGGAUCAUUGGUCAUACCAGUUUACACUCAGAUUAAUAGCUAGAGGACUUUGCUACUACCGACUUCAAAUUGGUCAUGUGCAGUUUGAAACUUUAGUAAGCCACUUGAAUUUGUGAAUGAUUAUAUAGCCAGACUAUCUAUGCACCACCAUCCAGUCGGACCUUCACUUGAGGCCGAGAGAAUUUGGCGGUGGAGUAGACCGGUGAAAUGAUCGAUGGCAUUUAUGCAAAUCAAUUAUCGAGUAACAAAUUUUGCGGUGAAGACCGUCUAGACCACGCCG